CCUGGGCUCCGUAUAAACAUGGCCGUCAAGUCCUUCAUAACGUCAGGCACUGCGUUUGGCUGACUUGGUUAGCCUUUGAGGAAGUCACCGAGGGUUACCAACACAGUAACAGGUGUAAAGAAAAUGUAGACGCGCAGUUGGGUCCUGGAAUUUGUUUGUAGUUUCAUCUCUGCGUGGGGACGACAUUUCUAAACUUCAUGUAGUACUUUUUUGCUAGCUAGCUAACAGAGCUAACGCCGACGUCUCAACAUUAACUUCUGUCAACUUUUUUUCAACCAGCUAGCGUAAUCUGCUACUUGACUGCUGAUCCAAAUGGAGGAGUGCCGUCGGUCGCCCUGGUUGUCUCGAUAAAUAUUUUACAGACGGUCGUCUUGGAUUAACUCAGCUGAAGUCUGAACUAAACUUUCUUCGAGGCUUUCUUUUGUUUUGUUUUUUUUUUCUUCUUCUUCCUACUCGCCAGCCGCCCGUUGAGGAACAUCGCAGAGAGGAGGGCGGACAUAAACAAUGUUUUCUGUCAAACCCACGAAACCCACCUUCAAGUCUUAUCUUCCACCUGUACAGACUGAUGUGAAGAAAUCUAUUGAACCUCCUAUUAAAAAGUUGGAGCCGAAGUUACUUCCAGGGGAGAUAGUGGUGAAUGAGGCAAACUUUGUGAAGAAAUGCAUCAGCAAUGAAAGCAACCAGGAUGACCUUUGGGGGAAGUUGAUAUGCACCAACUUUAAGGUUUCCUUCAUCCCUCAAGAUGCCCCACUGAAGCAGACGCCCCAGUUGUCCCACCUACUUCUUGGAGAGCAUGACAUCCCACUCACUUGUCUGGAGCUGGUAGAAACGGUGAAUGAUACAAAGGGGAAGAAGAAAGUGUUGGGCUCAAACCAGAAGCUGAAAUUCAACCCCUCUGAGCUCAUCCUGUACUGCAAAGACCUGCGUAUCAUAAGGUUCUGCUUCGAUGAGGCCGGACCUGAUAGCGCCAAAAAGGUUUGCCUCGCUAUUGGCCACUAUUCACAUCCAGCUGAUCUUCAGCUUCUGUUUGGUUUUGAGUAUCAAGGACGACGAUACCAUGAAACUAAAGGGGGGCGAGCUAAUGGUUCCACUCCAAGAGUCGGGUUACAGACGCCCACUUUUGGCUGUCCAUCUGACUGGGACCGUGAGAUCAAGAGAACGGGUGCUUCAGAGUGGCGGGUGUGCUCCAUCAAUGAGAACUAUGCCAUCUCACCAAGUCUCCCUGAGUACAUCGUGGUCCCAGUUUCUCUAGCAGAUCAAGAUCUAAAGCAGUUCUCGUCAUUCUUCACUGACAGACGCAUCCCCCUCUGGUGCUGGAAUCACCCUAAUGGAGGUGCUCUUGUCCGCAUGGCCAGCAUAACUGAUCCACUGCAGCAGAGGAAGAUUGAGAGGAUCUUCACUGCCAUCACAAAAAGCCACCCUCAGCGCAGUGAAGUGUUCAGGUCUGAUCUGGACAAGUGUCUGCCGAACAUCCAGGAGAUCCAGAGCGCCUUUGCUAAAAUCAGACAGCUCUGUGUCCUAGAUCCUUUUGAGGAGUCUGAAGAAAAGUGGUUUUCGUUCAUCGAAAACUCAAGAUGGCUGGAGUACGUCAGGAGCUUUUUAAGGCACUCGACUGAGAUAGUGUACUACCUGGAAGGAAAGAACGCCCCGGUUGUUCUCCAAGAGGAAGAAGACAGAGACCUAAACUGUGUAGUGUCCUCACUGGUGCAGCUCAUGCUGGACCCUCACUAUCGAAGCCUCAGUGGCUUUCAGAGUUUGGUGCAGAAGGAGUGGGUGAUGGCUGGCCAUCGCUUCUUGGAUCGAUGCAAUCACUUAAAGAAGAACUACAAGGAGGAGUGCCCACUGUUUGUGUUAUUCCUGGACUGCGUGUGGCAGAUGAUGAACCAGUAUCCAGCUGCGUUUGAGUUCACAGAGACUUAUCUGACUGUACUGAGUGACAGCAUGUGGAUCCCACUCUUCAGUACUUUCCUCUUCAACUCUCCGAAACAGCGCGCUCUGCACUUGAUGGAAUUUGCCAAGUCUAAAGCUAUCCCUCAAGGAGAAGACCAGGUUGUGUAUUUCCCUCCUGUCUGGGAGUGGUCACAGCAGUUCUCCACCAAAGAUCAAACCUUGUUUAACAACCCCAUGUACAUAGGCAAAGGAGUUCAGAAGGGGGAAGUGAAAACCUUCAGACGCACAAAGCAGAAAAGCUACAGUUCCACGGUGCGUGGAGCUACCACAUCUGUGCGUAAUGGACUGAAGGGCGGAGAAGAUGCACUGCCCCGGCGGGGCUCUCUGGUGUCGGAGCUGAAGCCCGAUUUCUCACCAGUGAAAGAUGAAAGCCCCUCCGAGCGCUUCUUCAGGGACUGGUUCUCUCGACCUGCCGACCUGCAGGGCCUCCUUAUUCCACUGCUCAUGCCGUCACACGUGGUUCUCUGGAAGCUCUUCUUUCUGCGCUGGGUUCCUGAAGUCUGCAUUCCCAGUGGUGGCCCUAUCACCGCCUUCCACAAGCUCUCUCAACUGGUUGAUGAAAUAGAUAUAUUGCAGAGCCAACUCAGGCAGUACAAGGCACCCGCCCAGGGCAGCAUGCCACUCCCAAGCCCGAGUGGGCCCCCUUCAGACCAAAGGAGAAUGUAUUUUAAAGCCAGUUCUCCAGACGACCCCCCUACAUCAACAGACUGCCUUACCUCUUCCUUUCCUUUCACCCCAGCUGGAAACCUGUGCCGCCGCACUGUCUAUGGGACUCCCAUAAGCAAAUUUCUGAAUGGGGCGAAGAUCUGGCUCUCAACAGAGACUCUUGCUUAUGAUGCUGUCUGAGGACGCGGGGUUUUAGGGGUUUUAAGGGCUCUGAGCCCAGUAGAGGCUUUUGUAACAACUAAUCAUAUUAUUUUCUUUUACCUCUUUCUUAAAUACCAGGAAGACAACUGAGAAACCGAAACAUGCCAUCGUGGACUUCUGAUUUUAAAUUAUUUAUAAGCUAGAAUUUGCACCAUUGAUGCUGCAUCCAAAUCUGAGGUUGUUUCUAAUUUGAAGUGUCACAGCAGGGCCUUUGGCAUAAAAAUAACAGGGAACACAUGCUUGCUAAUCGCUUUAAUGAAGGUUUUGUUCUGUUCACAUACAGAACAUAUGUUAAUGUGACCUUUGUUUUGCUACUGUGUCAAAAUGGCUCUUGUGAGAAAGGUCUAUUGUUGAUGACAGUUGAGGAGUUCGUAUGUUUUGGAGCACGUCGUCUUACAAGCCAGUGAGUUGUUCCUGUGGUCUCAUUUUAUCUUUUUUAUUUUUUUUUUUUACAGUGGAUGUGUUUUCUUGUCUUCUUGGAUCUUUCUAUAACUUUUCUAAGAUAACUGCUCUGAUUGCUGAGCCACUUGUCCCAUAUGAAUAUUUCUGUCUGAGAUUUUUUACUGUGGGAUUAUGAUCUACAUAUGAUUCCCUAAAUGGCUUAAAGCAAUAACUGAAAUUCAACAUAUUAAUGUAUGUGUCAUUUAAGUCUCCCGUUUUCUUUAAAUUCUAAUUAGUCGGACUUCUCCACUGAAAUUGAAUAAUGAUAUUUAACAUUAGAAAGUGCCCAUUUUUAUUGCAGCAGCAAUGAUGCAUUUCAUUUAGCACUGAAGUACUCAGUCUGUGUGUGCCUUCCAGCAAAGUUAAUCAAAGAUGUAAUUAUUUUUUUCAGAAAGAGUAACAGAAAAUAACACUGCUAGCAGGUUUUCUACUAGGUGGUUAAAAGUUUAAUUAUCGGGCCCAGUUGAAUGUAAUAGGGAUAUUUUUGUUGUUUUUUUCCUUGCACAAACGUACUACUGUUUGCUACAAGUGCCCAUAGUUUAAUGGAUGUUUGGGGGGAUCACUCUACGUAGCAGAUGGUGUGAUUUCAGGGUCUAACUUUGCAGAUUUACUAUUUCUAAAGCAGCAAUAUGGGCCUUUAUUUUUAGCAUUGUAUUGCAGAUGAUGCUGAGGGGAAGUGGAGCUGUGAGGAUUCCAAUCUGUGGUAGAUAGUUCCUCUUUUCUUUCGAAGAGACUUUAUUAGAGGCCUUCUGGUAAGGCUCCUCAGAUUAGCAGCAGCUGAAUGGGAAUAUAUUUGAAAGUAAAGGGACAGAUGAAGGCUUUGACUCGAACCAGUUCCUAGUUUAGUAUAUUGGAUUUCAGACACUAGAGUUUCUGAUCCAGUGAGGGGGCUGCAGUUUUAAGACAGCACAUAAAAAAAAACAUUAGCAAUAAGACACGUAGAUACCAGCUGUCACAGGACCAGUUGUCCAUUCUACAGCAGUAGUGAUAGUUGAGGAUGAAAAGCCCUGAAUGUCUGAUGGAUUCACUGUUGAACAUGUGGUAUGUGUGUCCUUACUUAAUUAAUUCUACUCAACAUAGACGACAAGAAUUUAAGUUACUGAAUAUUCAGUUAGGAUACUAAUAGUGAAGCUUAUACACAAGGGCCAUUAUUGUUGAAUUAGGGAGUAUUCUUGGGACAUAUAGACAACCAGCUAGGGACUAGGAACUAGGGACUGGUUGGAGGCACAGCUGGGAAAAUUGAUCCAGUGCCCCAUAAAACUGGUAAGAAACUAUCACUGUGCAAAAUCUUAAUGUCUUAAAAAUGAUAAUGCAGCAUUUAAUGUCAAACCCUUUGUAAUUGUGCUUACGAGACCACUGGACAGACUUCAUAUCUGACCUUUUAUUGCAAAGGAGUAUUGAUCCAGCAAUACUAGAUUGACCAUCUUCCAGUGACAUACGGUGAACUUGUGAUUCUCUAGCAAUAACUAGUUCAGGUGUUUCUUAGUAAAGUGUAUAAUGUGAGUGCAGACUUGCUCUCCUAAAUGCUAUUAAUUGCACAUUUUACUUAGUAUAUAGGAUAGGAGGUUGAGUAUAAUUUUGGCAAAUAUUAUAAAUACUGUAUAUGCUUGAAAAUCUUUCAAUUAAUAUUUUUGAUUAAUGGUACUAAAUACCUUUUAUCCUUGAUUUAGUCUUUAUAUUUUAUGGAGAUAUAUUUAUAUUCUGUGUGUUUCCCACUAACUCAUGAUGUUUGUUGGACUCUGCUGUGAUUGUAUGAUGGCCGUGCUUCCGCUGUGGCACAGUUUGAACGUGAUCGGCAGCAGAUGUAUAUAUAUUCAGAUAUGCAAAUGUUCUCGGAGAGGGGUGCAGCUGUUACUGCACAUCCUCAGUGCCUUUUUUGGGGAGAAGAUUGACCUUUUUUUUGUAACUACAUUCUAAAAUCUGUUGACUUAUUUUAGUUUUCUAAAACGGAGGAUUUUGACCAAUUCUGUAAAUCUAGUUAAAUUCAGAGGUACUGCACUGAAGCUGUUUUUUUCCUAGCGGAAAAUAAGGUUCAAAUGUGUACCAGUAACCAAUCAUUACAGUAGUUUUCAAAUGAA